AUGACGAAGGAGGAGUUCGACGAUUGGCUCGCUGGACGAGGAUUCCUGUGGAAGGAUUGCCCUAGUCCAAACUAUGGAAACCUGAGGAAGGCCACCAGGCAGAAAUGCCUUAGCGGCAAAGAUAGGAGAUGGAAGCUACAGUGCCCUCUUCGCUCCUGCCGGCAACCCGGAGUGGACAGGAAAGCUCAAAAAGGAGAUGGCUCGAACGCUAGAGGUGGACGAGCACACCGUCCAGCAGUGGAAUCAAUGGUUCCGAGGUGUGCUCGUCGAGCACUACACGAACAACGUUGUACAGAUUGGCGGACCGAAUACCAUCGCGCAGGUCGACGAAACAACAUUGUGCGCUGCAAGUACAACGUUGAUCGUGUCAUGCGCAAGGAUUGGCUCGUCGGUGGCAUCCAGGACGGUACGAAAGUGGUCUUCAUUGAAAUCGUCGAUAAGCGCGACGCAGCCGCCCAGGAAAGAAUCAUCCGGCAGACGUCGCUCCAGGGGGAACCGUUCGGACUGAUAUGUGGAGUGGUUACAAUAACUUCUCCAAUCUCGCUCACACUCACGAGACGGUUUACCAUAGUGUCAAAUUUGUGGAUCCAGCGACCGGAGUCCACACUCAGCGGAUUGAGGGGUUGUGGUCUAUUCGAAGGACAGGAUCCGCAGACGACACGGCUUCAGAGGCGAUUCCUGGGAUGUCCACUUCUUCGAAGUUUUGCGGAAGUGGCAGUAUGA